GCUCGGAAACGUCUCCUUGCUUACUCCUCACAUAGGAUACCACACAUUCUUUUUGACACAGACAUUUCAGCUUUUGUUUCUUUGCAUCUUUCUUCCUAGAUAAUCUUUCUCCCUCUCUUCGUGGCUGCCCUUCGCUGUAUGGAGAUGUCCAGGACUUUGUUUUUCCUCUGUCUGCUUGUUUGCAUGUCGAGGGCUCAGGCUCGUAUUUGGGCCUGGAUGCUCAACAUGCCUCACGGUCCACCUAAGGAAGGAUCUAUCCCGCUCAGAGACAGUACUCCUUUUGCUAACAUGAAAGGAUCAAUGGGGGUUUGUGACCAUGACAGGGUCUGUGGACGGGGGUUCUCCUGUGACCGUCACUUUGGCAAGUGUGUCCCCCUCAGAGGUGAGGGCCUGUACUGCCGGAGAGAUCCCCAGUGCGUCAGAGGACUGAGCUGCAUGUUUGGAAAAUGUCAACACAGAAUACCAGAAGGUCAAGAGGGUGCCAGGUGUAAAGUGGACAGAGACUGUGGGGACACCAUGUGUUGUGCUCGUCACCAUGGGGAACAAGUGUGUAAGCGUCGGCUAACACAGGGUGAGAGCUGCUUUGUGCCUGAUGGUGGUCUGGCUUUCAGCCUUAACCAGAUUUGCCCGUGUGAUGAUGGAUUGCUGUGUCGCGGCAAUGCAAAACCACAACCGAGAGAGACAGAAUUUGUGUAUCAACUUGACCCAAUAAAUUGGAUUUGCCAAGCACCCAAGCCUUAAAGCUUCCCUUGAACCACAAGCUAUUUAUAAUUUAAAUAUACUGUUUAUAGCCAUUGUAUAUAAGAUAGAUGUAUCCACAAAUAUGCUUGAUUUGACAUGCUUGUAUUAGGCAUUGCUGGGUUUAAACUGUUUGAAAUUCUACUUUUCAUCAGUUGUAUAUUUGGACAAAUGCACUAUACAAAUGUGUUUCUUAAUAAUAAAUAAAAACUGGAAAUAGUUUUAUUGCUGUCAU